CCUCGCUCCUCCCCCCCAGCUUUCCGCAAAUCAAGGGCAGCUUUGUAAUUUGGCUUCACGACCCCUGUCGGCCCCUUCCCGCCCUGAAAAUCCAAUCACCCUUCCUCACACUCCCACAGCCCUGCUCCUUACCCGUCCGUCGCCCGUCCGUUGCGUCUGCUGCGUCUGCCGUGGCUCGUCGACUGAUCUGCUCCUCUCGCCUGCACCCAAGGUUUACUUGUCGUCUCGUCUUCCGUCAGCUUCGCUCUACGGCUUACCCAGAAUCAAUUUGCUGGCCCUACCUCCCGUUCUGGUCGGGUCUGUCCUAUCCUGUACUGUAAUCCAUUCCUCUGGGUUCUUUCUAUCCCGGUGAAAGUCGUGCCUCUUGGAAAGCCUUGGCUGUCCCUGUCUCUCACUCUCCUCUCGCUCACUCCCUCUCACUCUCCCCCCCCCCGGUCUAACAGCCACCCCCCGGCUCCUCUGCCUUGCCUUGCCUACCUGUCUGUCUGUCCUUCAUUGCCUCCGUUUUCCCAAUUACCAAUCUCUCAUCUCCAUCCAUCCUUGGGAGACAGACCACCAGCCAUCGCCCCGUGCUCUUUGUCUGCUCUACACGACCACCACUACCACCACCUCCACAGUACACACAGUACAGUCAGUACAGCGCUGCUCUUCUUGUCUGUCCGUCCUUCCAUACGAUCAAUCCGCCGCAGCAGCUACCAACGCCCGCCCGAAUUCGACGGGAUUGUACGAGCCAACCAGCGACUGGAGCCGCGAGAGAGGAGUCCCAUUUCGGUCGACUUUCCAAGUUCUCGGAUCGUCGCCGGGGUAGAAUUGCGUUGCAAAUUGGGACCGUCUCUGAGGCCUCUCCACAUCCACCCAGCCCCGGCUACCCUAUCACCCAGCCGUCGCAACCAGCAAUAAUACCUCCUCCUAAGGGGCCCGUCUAGCCCAAUCUGACUGGUCCGUCCUGCCCAGCUGCCCUUUGGUAGCGGUCUAACCCCUGGGACCGACCGGUAGCUUUUGGUUACUGCUGCUCUGCCCGCUGCCGCUCACCUGCUCACUGCUGCUACUGCCUGCUGCCGUUGCUCUGCUCUGCAUUUUCUCCCACAACAUCCCAGCCCAUUCAAUCGGCCACUUCUCCAUCUCCAUCCUGAUUAACCCAAGCCCAACCAACGCCAACAAGCCUCGAUUGAAAUCCCCGACCGCUCUCUCGGCCAUCCAUUCCCUCGCCUCUUCGGGCAUCUCGCAUCGCCUUCAAAUCCCAUCAGAUCGAUCGAUUCAUUGGCCGCCACUCAUUCCCGCGGCUGAGCGAGCGACGGAAAGAUGGACUCGCAACGACCGAACGAUGUGUCGCCCGAGGCGAUGCAGGCGCGGAUCCAACAGGCGCGUCGCGAGGCAGAGACACUCAAGGACCGCAUCAAGAGGAAGAAGGAUGAGCUCGCCGACACCACCCUCCGCCAGGUUGCGCAGCAGGCCCACGAGGCGAUCCCCAAGAACCAGUUGAUGAAGACGAAAAGGACACUCAAGGGCCAUUUGGCCAAGAUCUAUGCCAUGCACUGGUCGACGGACCGAAGACAUCUGGUUUCGGCUUCGCAGGACGGCAAAUUGAUUAUCUGGGAUGCAUACACAACUAACAAGGUCCACGCCAUCCCUCUAAGGUCCUCAUGGGUCAUGACAUGUGCCUACGCACCCAGCGGUAACUACGUCGCCUGCGGUGGCCUCGACAACAUCUGCUCCAUCUACAACCUUAACCAAAAUCGAGACGGGCCGACACGUGUGGCACGCGAACUAUCCGGCCACGCCGGUUACCUCUCUUGCUGCCGCUUCAUCAAUGACCGGAGCAUACUGACCUCUUCCGGCGAUAUGACCUGCAUGAAAUGGGACAUUGAGACUGGCACGAAGCAAAUCGAGUUCGCCGACCACCUUGGCGAUGUCAUGAGCAUCAGCCUCAACCCAACGAACCAGAACACAUUCAUCUCGGGCGCUUGCGACGCUUUCGCCAAGCUCUGGGACAUUCGGGCCGGAAAGGCUGUGCAGACUUUUGCAGGUCACGAGUCCGACAUCAACGCCAUCCAAUUCUUCCCAGACGGCCACUCCUUUGUCACCGGCUCCGAUGACGCAACCUGCCGCCUGUUCGACAUCCGCGCGGACAGGGAACUCAACGUCUACGGCUCCGAGUCCAUUCUGUGUGGCAUCACCUCGGUUGCCACGUCUGUUUCAGGUCGUCUCCUGUUUGCAGGCUACGAUGAUUUCGAGUGCAAGGUCUGGGAUGUCACUCGAGGCGAGAAGGUCGGUUCUCUCGUCGGCCACGAGAACCGCGUCAGCUGCUUGGGCGUCAGCAACGACGGCAUAAGUUUGUGCACAGGUUCCUGGGACUCAUUGCUCAAAAUCUGGGCGUACUAGAACCUGCCAACACGAUGACUACACGACUGUCGUCUGGGCACAACCCGAUUCACGCCGCUUCGCGUUCUCGCUUGCUUUUAUAUGGCUCUUAAUUCACAUGUGUACGCAUUUUAAUUCGAGCGCGAUGCCGGCGCAACACAGGACGAAGUCACGAAUCUUCCCGAAAACAUACAUGCCGAGCCGAGAACCCCGGAUUGCAGAUGCUGAUACCUGGCUGAUGUGCCAACUGUCAUCUGGCUUUCUCGACGCCGCGGGCUGAAGACCGGGCUUUUAAUGGAGCCCUCGUCUCUAUCACGCGCUUCUCCUAUUUUACGACGGCCCCACUCGAUUGGCGACUUUCAUUUCUUCCAACCUUCGAACCGCACUCCGAAAUACCCAGCGCCAUUUUCACCAACAACGACCUGCCUUUACGCGGAGGACUGCAGGGGUGCCAAGGAAAUCUUAGUACUUCCCGGAUAUACAAUAGAGGUAUCCACGUCGAUUCGAGCUGAGCCUGCCGAACCGUACAUUCGAGUGCGCUUGUGGUUACAAGGAGCUAGGCUAGCCAGAGUCUUUGCUCGGAUUCCCGCACAAAAAGUUGCAGCCAGCAAUGAACGCCAUUAAGGUCGACCCGCUUUUUUUCCUUUUUAUCUCUGGGGACGCGAGCCCGGGGGGAAUAGCCCGUGCUCGAGGGGGUGGUGGAUGGCUGUUUUGAAGCUGGUAGUGUGGGAGUUGGGCUAAUUCCUCACUACCUCUGUCGAUAUUACAAAAACUCUGGUUUGGGACGCAGAGGAACGGUGUCAAAGUGAUAUGUUUCCAUUUUUUUAUGUGUCUUAUAGGAUGCGCGAGUUCUUGGAAAGAACGGAACAGCGGAGGAGACUGGGGUACGGGGACGUCUCCUUUUCCGGGGUUCAUAAUGGCCCUGACGGUCUCGGACCGGUUCCUUACUUCUUUCUCUCCUUCGACAUCUUUCGGCGGUAGACACGAACCGAAAGCGAGUAGGGAUCUGAUAAUACCACGAGGCUGCGGAGGAUCUCGAGGCUGGGGAAAGGGGCCGGCGCGGGCGCAGAGAAGAGAUAGGGGGGAGGUGUGAUUAGCUGUGUGGUGAUAACGACGAGGUGGCACUUGAGAUACCUCAACCAUAGCCUGUUCAAUGUUUUGUGUACUAUAUUCGCCUACGACUGCUCUUUCCCAUCUCGUGCCCAGCGUCCAAAAGCUCUUCGUUGCUUGCUUAACUCAUGCUGCUCCAUCCGCGCGGGAAACGCAAAUUGUGUCCAGGCCGGCUCGGGUCUGGACAGAGAUAUCCAAGCCCCGCGUCUUCAGACACUGUCAAGAACUCAAAGUAGUGUGCUCCCUAGGAUGCCCCCAAGAUAAUGACCAAGCGAAAUCUCAGCUCAGUCUGUGUGCUAAGUAUGUGCCCGAGUUGCGCGUAUGAUAUGUCGGUGUCAUGGCCGGCGCGGGCCCCGACCGGCUCAUCCUCAAUGCUUACCUGUCGAGCAGUCCUGUUGCGAUGGUGAUAUCCUGGGUGGCAAAGCUUGUCUGUGAAACAAAACGAAGAGGGGAAUGGUUCCCCUGCGUCUCCGGCCAGAUAAGGUGGAUAUAUUUAUCGUUCGUGCCAGCCGUUCUGCAUGCUGACGGUACCCGAGCACACAUGAGUAAGUACCUAGGCGCACUCAGCCAGCGAUACCGGUAGCAGACGUCACGCACAGGGGGACAGGAGAGGAGUACAACGGCAUGCGGCCGGCGGCGUGGAAGAUUGGUCGGCCCCCAAGAGAGGCCCGGCUGAGUGUAC